AUGGUUUUCAAAGACACGUCUGUAGACCAGAUACAUUAUUUGCGAUCGCGUUGCCAUCUUUUACACGUAUCUGUCUGUGUUUAUGCCGCUUACUUUGUUUAUGUCCUCAACACAGCCAAACAACUGUUGAAAUCUGAAGAAUCUUUGUCAAGGAGUCCAAUCAGUACAAAGAAAGAUGACAAGCCAAGUCUAUGUGUUGGCAUGAUAGGCUGUGGAAAACUUGGACAACAAAUUGCAAAAUGCCUUCUCACAUUUGGUGGACUGUGUCCUGAAAACCUGUUGAUUUCAACCAGAAGGCCAGAGCUCUUAAGAGACCUCACCAAUCAGGGUGUAAAUUGUAUCAAAGAUAAUAUUGCAGUCUUUAUGAAGACAAAAAACAUCAUUGAUAAAAUUUUGCCCCAAGAAAAUCCAGAUAAUUUUGUACAAGUUGAUAAGAGAUUCCCAGAAUAUAUGGCCUAUGCAGUGGUGAAUUUGUGUAUAGCCUUGAGCAAUUUACCUCUGGAUAACAUUGUGCAUUUGACACAGGAAGUUAUCUUUGGAGAAAACAUUGAAGAUGUACUUACGAGAGAAGAUUUCUUUCCCCAAAUGGAGCACAAAUCACUGAUUGAUUUACGCGAGAAAAGCCAUCAGAAGACACCUCUGAUGAAAAAGCUCAAAACCAACGUCAUGGCGGACGACCGAAGAUGUUUCGGUGCCCUCUUAAACGGUUUGGCUCGACGGAAUUAUUUUGGAAACUCAGAAUUAACUGACGAGCUCCUAAAAGAGCAAAUAUAUCCCAAAAUAUCCGACGAAGAGUUCCAGCAGCUAGUUACAAAAUGCACUGCUCUUACAAAGAGUAUGGUUUCUGUGGAUAUGGAUUUCAACCAAUUAGAAGCAUUCCUUACGUCUCAGAUUCGAAAAAAAGACAGUGGGAUGAAUGAAGAAAAAUCAAAUGCUGUAAGGAAGUUUUGGAAGAAUCACCGGACAAAAAUUCAUGAAACUCAAGUGCAGCAAACUAUGUGGGACACAAGUCUGAAGCAGAUGUCUUGGAGAGUUGAUAUUAAAACCCAAUCCAAGAACAAUGAUCAUGUCAAUGCACCAACUGCAAUUAUAGAAUUGCAAUUGAGUGAUAAUCAAGAAACCUUGAAUGGAAAUGAAAAACCUGAAUUGUUGCAUUUUGAAAUGGAUGAAAAGAAACUGGAUCACUUCCUAAAAAGCCUAUAUGAGAUACGAGAUGAAAUUAGCCUUCAUAGCUAUACUUUAAUUCAUCCUCACCCCGACAAUUUCAAAACGAACCUGUUAUUCAAUCCAGAGAGAUUUUUUCCCCUGUCCAUACUUGACAAAUAG